AUGCAUCAGGACAGCUUAGGCGCCAUCAUCUUCUUCUCUGGGUACCUGUUACAGCGCCUCUUUAAUUCUUUAUUUCACACGGCCUUUGUGACGAAACGCGAGAACAUGCCCACGGUGCAGGUUGAUGGCCCCGCUGCGGACAACCUGACUACAAUCGGUCCCACGGGAGACAACAGAAAAGUUGAAGAGGUCAGGAAGUCCUUCGUCGAUCAACGAAUCAAGAUAGCGUCGCAUGCAUGUCCUAUUUGUUGGGAUAAUGCUCAGGGCCUAACAGCUACGUCUUGUGGGCACCUCUUCUGUGCGAAAUGUAUACAUGAGUGGUUUGGGAACGCAUCCCCAACUGCAAGCGCUCCGCGAACUAGCUUCACGAUCGGAUUGGCGUUUUCACAGUCAUGA